GGUAUGAAAGCACUUGGCGGGAAAUAAUUGCCAGCAAAACCAAAACAAUGCAAAAAUCCAUAAGGUCGUUUUUCACAUCUCCAAAGCCCCAAAAGAAUGAAGCCAAGCCUGCCAAAAGUGUUGUAGAUAAUGAAGUUAAGGAGGAGCGGUCUCCCCUGAAGCAGAACAAUGGGUCUCCAGUGAAGGCUUCCCCCGUAAAGGACUCACCAGUCAAAGUGGCGAGGAAGGGGAGGAAAUGUCGGAUCAUCGAGAGUGACGAGGAGGAGGAGGUAGACAGGGGCACCCAGCAGGAGAACCAGAACAGGGGUACCGAGCAGGAGAACCAGACAAAAAGUCCAGAACCAGCCAAGGUCAAUGGAAUUGAAGAAAAGAAAGUCGCUGAGAAUUCAGAAUCCCCUGUGAAGUCUCCCUUUGGUCUCCCAGUCAGAAAAACAGCAAGGAAAAGCAUGACAACCCCAAAUAACAAGAAGAAAAGCCUUGUGUUUAGUCCUGGUAGUGAAUCUCCAGCCAAAAAACCCAAACUAGAGGUCAAGGAAGAGGAAACUGAGGACAAAGUACCAAAAUCAGAGGACACGUCUGACAAAGAGAAGAAAGAAACAAUGGAGGACAAUGUCAAGGACAACAAAACAGAGGAGGAGGACAAUGUGGAGGCAAAAGUCGAGGAAAAAGAGGACAGUAGGGAGGAAGAGGACAUGGAAACAGAGGACACUAAGAAAACCAAUAAGGCAUCCUCAUCAAAACGAACAAAGAGAUCUCCAAAGACCAAGAAAACGCCAUCUAAGAAGGAGGACAAGACAAAGUCUAAAAAAAGCGAACCUUCACCCGAGGGCAAAGAUACGAAGACAGAAGAAGAUUCAGGAAAUAAGAAGCCACAAAAAGCAUUUCACAGUUUCUUUGCAACAAAAACUGCACCUAAAACAGAAGAUUCCACCAAAGAAGGAAAGAAAACUGAUGACAAAAGUGUGAAGACUUUAUCAUCUGGUAAAAAGGAAGAAGAUUCCGGAUAUAAUCCAGCCAAAACAAAUUAUCAUCCCAUUGAGGAUGCUGUAUGGAAACGAGGUGAAAAAGUUCCUUACCUGGCUCUGGCAAAGACAUUUGAGGCAAUAGAAAACAUCUCAGGAAGAUUGAAGACAAUAGAGAUCUUGUGUAACUUUCUGCGUUCUGUGAUUGUUCUGAGCUCUGAUGACCUUGUCCAGUGUGUGUACCUGUGUCUGAACAAGCUAGCCCCGGCGUACGAAGGAUUAGAGCUGGGACUAGGGGAAACUGUCCUGAUGAAAGCCAUCGCCCAGGCUACAGGUCGAGGCCUGGACAAGAUAAAGGCUGAUGCUCAGGAGAAGGGAGAUCUAGGUUUGGUGGCCGAGACGAGUCGGAGUUCUCAGAGAACCAUGUUUGCUCCACCAAAACUGACCGUACCAGCUGUGUUUAGUAAGCUCAAGGAGAUAGCGGCCAUGUCUGGCAAUGCUGCCAUGACAAAGAAGAUAGAGAAGAUCAAGGGAAUGUUUGUAGCCUGUCGGCAGUGUGAGGCUAGAUAUCUAAUCCGGUCACUGGGGGGCAAGCUCAGAAUAGGUCUAGCAGAACAGAGUGUCUUAACAGCUCUCGGAAAUGCUGCAUUUAGGACACCUCCUGGGCAAGAUUUCCCACCAGAAGUGUUAGAUGCUGGUAAAGGCUUAGGUGCUGAUGCUCUGAAGAAGAAAAUGGAGGAAUGUGCCCUUAUAAUCAAAACAACUUAUUGUGAAUGUCCCAAUUAUGAAGCCAUUAUUCCAGCCAUGAUUAAGUAUGGUAUAGAGGAUUUACCAAACCAUUGUAAACUUACCCCAGGAGUUCCGCUGAAGCCUAUGUUAGCACACCCUACAAAAGGAGUCAGUGAAGUCUUCAAGAGAUUUGAUGAGGCAGACUUCACCUGUGAAUACAAAUAUGAUGGAGAAAGAGCACAGAUCCACAUUCUGGAGAAUGGAGAAGUUCACAUAUACAGCAGAAACUCAGAGGAUAAUACAAGUAAAUACCCAGACAUCAUUGCACGGAUACCAAAGGUCAAGAAUGACUCAGUGGAGUCCUGUGUCCUUGACUCAGAGGCUGUGGCCUGGGAUGCGGAGAAAAAACAGAUCCAGCCAUUCCAAGUUCUCAGUCACAGGAAAAGAAAGGAUGCUGACGCUUCUGAAAUAAAGAUUCAGGUGUGUGUGUACCCUUUGGAUGAAUUGCCAAUUUUUGUGGAAUUUCUGGACGAAUCCAUUAAAGGAAACUGUGAAGGACUGAUGGUGAAGACUUUAGAUGUGGAUGCUACCUAUGAAAUUGCCAAGAGAUCUCACAACUGGCUCAAGCUGAAGAAGGACUACCUGGACGGUGUGGGGGACACCCUGGACCUGGUAGUGAUGGGGGGAUUCCUGGGGACAGGAAAGAGGACUGGCCGAUAUGGGGGAUUCCUUCUAGGGUGUUACGACGAGGAAAAUGAAGAGUUCCAGUCUAUCUGUAAAAUUGGGACAGGGUUCACCGAUACAGACUUGGAGAAGCAUGCCUCAUUCUUUAAGGAGCAUGUGGUGGAGAAACCCAAACCGUAUUACCGGUAUGACUCUUCCGUAGAACCGGAUCACUGGUUUGAUGCGGUGCAGGUGUGGGAAGUCAAGUGUGCCGAUCUCUCUAUUUCACCCACUCAUAAAGCAGCAGCAGGAAUCGUUGAUCCAGAGAAGGGUAUAUCUCUCAGAUUCCCCCGAUUUCUGCGAAUCAGGGAUGACAAAAAACCAGAGGACGCCACCUCAGCUUCACAGGUGGCAGAACUUUAUAACAAUCAGCAGCAGAUUCAGAAUCAACAAAAGGCUGAAAAAGAGGAAGUGGAGGACUUCUAUUGAAGAUACGUCAAUAUAAACAAUAUAAAUUAUAAAAGUAACUUAUUAUAUAUACCUAUCUAAGAAUGCAAUAAAUUUUUAAUUGAGAGAAAAGAUUUUCUAG